AUGGAUGGAUCAAACUAUAUCAGACGAGUUUUUAGAAGACUAUACCGAUCUCAUAGAACGCCUUCGUAUCCCACAUGCUUAGACGAAACUUCUGUUGCCCAUGUACCUUACUGGACCGGCGCCAUCAAGUUCAACAAUGUUGAAAAUGUUCAAAACCUUGAUUGGGAGAACCUCAUUACUACCUUGGCAAAGAAGUUCAAAAACGACGCUCAUUUGAGUAACCUACGUGAUGAACUCCACAACAUCACUCAAGGGAAAGAUAGCGUUGGAGAGUUUGCACAGAAGAUCUACAACAAGUGCAAAUUCGCUUUUCAAGGCAUGGAUAAGAGUUUGGCGACUCAGAUGGCUAUAGACUUCUUCAUCAAAGGUCUUAACCCACAAAUUCGUAAGGCCAUGCGACGUCUUCCGGAGGCUAAAGACUUUGACGCCGUUGUUGCAGCAGCAGAAAAGGAGCAUCGUGUACUUUAG